AUGGCGGGUCCUCUGCUUCGCUCCAUUUGGUCAUCCGCCAGAAGGUCUAUCUCUUCUUCUUCUUCUUCCUCCUCCUCCUCCUCUUCUGGCCGGCGACCCUUCUUCAAUCCCUACUUUUCCUCCCGAGUUGCUCCUUUGCUUUCUCGCCCUCCCGGUGCCACUCGAGCUUUCGCUGCCGCCCCUGCCUCGGCGGCCUCCGCCACAUCAUCGUCGCCCAAUUCGGCAUUGGAUCCCAGCAGAUUGAGGAACGUGGCAGUGAUAGCUCAUGUCGACCAUGGGAAGACUACCCUUAUGGACCGUCUGCUCAGGCAAUGCGGCGCCGAUAUACCCCAUGAGCGUGCCAUGGAUUCCAUCAGCCUCGAGCGCGAACGGGGCAUCACCAUCUCUUCCAAGGUUACAUCUAUUGCAUGGAAGGAAAAUGAACUAAACAUGGUUGAUACGCCUGGACAUGCAGACUUUGGGGGUGAAGUCGAACGGGUUGUUGGAAUGGUUGAAGGAGCAAUUUUAGUAGUAGAUGCUGGUGAAGGUCCACUUGCACAAACAAAAUUUGUUCUUGCCAAAGCAUUGAAGUAUGGGAUAAGACCUAUCUUACUUCUGAAUAAGGUAGACAGACCUGCAGUUUCUGAAGAAAGGUGUAACGAGGUUGAGAGCUUGGUUUUUGAUCUUUUUGCAAAUCUUGGUGCCACGGAGGAGCAACUAGAUUUUCCUGUGCUCUAUGCUUCUGCUAAAGAAGGAUGGGCAUCCUCCACCUACACAAAGGAUCCUCCUACUGAAGCAAAAAAUAUGUCAGAGCUGCUCGAUGCUGUCAUUAGGCAUGUUCCCCCACCCAAUGCAAGCAUUGAUGCUCCAUUCCAGAUGCUGGUUUCCAUGAUGGAGAAAGACUUCUACCUUGGCCGAAUCUUAACUGGACGCGUCUUUUCUGGGGUUGUCCGUGUUGGUGACAGAGUGCAUGGACUGCGUUGUACAGAUUCAGGGGCAGAGAAGAUUGAAGAAGGAAAGAUUAUAAAGCUAAUGAAGAAGAAAGGUACAAGUAUGAUUCUCAUUGACGCUGCUGGAGCUGGUGAUAUUAUAUCAAUGGCUGGAAUGGCAAGUCCAUCAAUAGGCCAUACAAUAGCAAACGUAGAGGUGGCAACUGCAUUACCCACAGUUGAACUGGAUCCUCCUACAAUUUCCAUGACUUUUGGUGUAAAUGACUCUCCGUUGGCCGGUCGAGACGGUACCCACUUGACUGGUGGAAAAAUUGGUGAUCGUUUGAUGGCCGAAGCUGAAACAAAUCUUGCCAUAAAUGUGCUUCCUGCAGUAGGGGAGUCAUAUGAAGUGCAAGGGAGAGGAGAACUUCAACUAGGUAUUUUGAUUGAGAAUAUGAGGCGUGAAGGAUUUGAGUUGUCAGUUUCUCCACCAAGAGUCAUGUAUAAAACUGAAAGUGGCCAGAAGCUUGAGCCCAUUGAAGAAGUCACGAUUGAGGUAAACGAUGAACAUGUGGGAUUGGUCAUGGAAGCUCUAUCGCAUAGGAGAGCUGAGGUUGUUGAUAUGGGUCCUGUACCUGGAAAUUUUGGAAGGACCAGGCUGUCAUUAACAUGUCCAUCUAGGGGCCUGGUUGGUUACAGGAGUGUGUUCAGUAGUGACACGCGUGGAACUGGAUUCAUGCAUCGUGCCUUCCUGACAUAUGCAAAAUUCCGGGGUCCAUUAGGAAAUGUCCGGAAGGGUGUUUUGGUAUCUAUGGGAUUUGGUACGAUCACAGCUCAUGCGUUGGUCGGUUUGGAACCUCGUGGGAUACUCUUCAUUGGCCCAGGAGUUGACACGUAUGAUGGCAUGAUUGUGGGUGAACAUACACGGGAUACCGAUCUAGAUGUCAACCCGGUAAGGGCCAAGGAACUGAGCAAUAUGCGAUCUGCUAACAAGGAUGAAAACGUUAGGUUAUCUCCGCCCCGCCUGAUGACCCUUGAAGAAGCCAUAGGUUACGUUGCUUCUGAUGAGCUUAUUGAGGUUACUCCUAAGGCCAUUAGGUUGAGGAAAAGAUACCUGGAUGUUAACAAACGAAAAACCAUGAGUAAGAGGCCCAAGGAAUGA